UUUCGGCCACCUCCAGGUCACUGAGGAAUAAUGGGGCUGUGGAACGUCUUCACUUCCAUCAAGGACCGCGCAGAAAAGUUUCUGAACGAGAAGAACGUGGUGACGGAUGUUCUGGGGAAGCUGGAGGAGAGGACGGGAAUCAAGAAGAAGGUCAUCGCCCUCGGUAAACCAGAAACGGUUCAGUAAUCUGCUCUGUUCAGCUGACGGUUCAGUAUUACGGUUCGUCAGACGCAGAAAAACCGGAACCAGAACACGUCGAAAUGCAGGUGCCGUUUCGCUGACUGGACUUUACCUGGUUUAUGGAUAUGGAGCGUCGCUGCUCUGCAACCUGAUCGGCUUCGUCUAUCCGGCUUAUUAUUCAAUCAAAGCCAUCGAAAGUCCCUGCAAAGAAGACGACACAAAAUGGCUGACCUACUGGGUGGUGUACGGCGUCUUCAGCCUGGGCGAGUUCUUCUCCGACAUUUUCCUUUACUGGUUCCCGUUUUAUUAUGCAUUUAAGUGUUUGUUCCUGUUGUGGUGCAUGGCUCCGAUGUCGUGGAAUGGCUCCCAGGUCAUUUACAACAAAGUGGUUCGGCCCGUCUUCCUCCGCCAUGAGGCCACGGUGGACAACAUGGUGAGCGACCUGAGCGGGAAGGCCAUGAGCGCCGCCGAGAACCUCACCAGAGAAGUUCUCUCCACUCUGGUGAAGAACAAAACUCUGGUGACACCAAUGCCGCCGGUCGCCCCGCCUGAACCGAAGAGUUUACCAAGUUCAACCGGAGAAACGUCAAACGCUAAAGUUGCUCCAAGUGAGCCGAGCGAAGAAGAACGAAGGCCUUUUCUUGGGUGACCAGGUUGGAAGAACUUGGUGUAGACUGAGGUUGUUCAGAUAGCAGCAGAGGAAGAUGCUCCGCGAGGAAGAGGACCAGACAUGAAUGAUCCAAACAGAAAGUGCUCCUUAUGUCACAGAAACUCGGUUAUAAGGCCAUAUUUUUGUCGAUCGGUGUAUUCAAUCUGAAUUUAUGAUUUGGGGAUCAUUUAUUGUCUGUAGAAAAUCAGACAGAUACUGGAAGCUGCUGUCUGAUCUACGAGCUAAAUGUCAAAAACAAGUUCAGAAAAAAAUAAUAAAAAAAAUCUUAUGACUGGAGGUUCUACUUUAUCGACAGUUCAGAUCAGAGAACUGAAUCUACUAAAAAUGAACCAGUUCACUUUGAAUUUCUGUUUUCUUAUUUGCCUCUCUGAAAUGCUGUCAAUUUAUCCGACACUUUUCCUGCUUUUAUUUUACUGUAAGUCAGACCACACAAAUCCAGGAACGUUUUUCUGAAAAACAAACUUUGGCUCAUCCUUUCAUUGAACUCUGUUUACUUUUGAAGACAGUUUUUUUUCAAAAACUAAAUACUUUUUCUAGACCAGAGACAUUUUUUCUAUUUAGUCCCACAAAAUAAAACUUGCUUAGACUUGCUAAAGUCAAAUUACUUUUCUUUCAGAAAGUAAUGUUUUGUUAAAUUUUUUACUAAAUUUGUUGUUUUUAAAUAAAUACAAUUUAUUCAUAUUUAAAGAAUUUAAAAAUGGAAAACAAAUUAGCGAAAUGAGGAUCCAGUUUUCUCUCAAGGUUGGUAAUAUAGAAUAGAAUUUUUUUGAUCAAGUAAUUCAUUGAUAAUUUUAUUGUAAAAAUAAAUACAAAAAAAAGUAAAACAAUUUGAUAAGAAAAAUAGUUUUAAAAAGAAAAUUUCUGGUGAGUUUAGUGUCUUUCUGUUGUGGGAAUUUAAUGCAAUAAUCAGUGUUUCAUAAAAAUCUAUAUUUUUAAAAAGUAUUUUGGUUACAAAGUGAAAGAGUCACAUGUUUCAGAUCUCUGCUCUAGAAAAACAAAAUAGUAAACAUUGACCCAAAAAGUCAGGAGCUAAAUAAUGCAUAUUUAAUUUAUUGCUCAGCAAGUACAUUUCUUUUGUUUUUGUUUUUUUUCCCACUGGGAGAUUCUGGUCUGUAAUGUGAACAUUUUAAACACAACCGAACGGAACAGAACAGAACAUCCACCAUCUACUGGUGGGUAGAAGAAGAGCAACCCGGUCACAUCUGCACUGAUGAAAAUAUAGAUGCUAACUUUUGCCAACACGACACAAAAAUACAGAAAUAUUUCUGGACACGUUUGUUGUUGAGGUGCAGCAGGAAAAAUGGCGGCCGGGAAACAUUGAACAUUUACAAACAGGAAUGAUUCAGUUUGAUCAGAUCAGUCUCUGCAAAGGAUGUUGAAAAUGUGAACAUUUUGUGAACUGGAAACCUUAAUAAUUCUCUCUUAAUCAAAUGUCAGAGUUGAAGCUUGUCUUGUUUUCUUUUUCUCAACUUAGAGGAAAAAAAUGUCAGUUUCACUUUGAAAUAAAAUAUUAAUUUGUGAUUAAUGCUUUAAAUAAAUGAGGGUGAACAUCUACACAUGAGAAAAGGUUAGGGUACCUGAAUAUUAUUCAUUCAUGUUAUUACUUUUUGCUUUAAUAUUUAUGUUUUUGUAAGGACCCCCACAAAAAACAUCUCAAGAGGUUAUCUUUGAAAUAAAAAUUAAACAUGCACUGCUUUAUGUUUCACACUUAUUUACAAAAACAUAAGAAUAAAGCUUAGCAUAAAUAUGAAAAAAAA